CCCCCGCUGCCUCUCCCUGUACCCUUCUGUCCCCUCCCCUCUCUCUCCCUGCACCAUGGCGCCUAACUCAGGCCCCAGCUGUCUGCUGCUGCUGAUACUGAAUGGCCUCGCCCUGGUGCUGGGGGACCCCAUGUUCUCCAUCAUCACCCCCAGCAUCCUGAGGCUGGAGAAUGAGGAGCUGGUGGUCGUGGAGGCCCACGACGCCAACGGGGACAUUCCGGUCACAGUUAGCAUCUAUGACUUCCCGGGCAAAAAGCAAGUGCUGUUCAGAGAGAAAACCCUGCUGACCCCGGCCAACGGCCACCUGAGCACCCUGCCUGUGAAGAUCCCAGUGAACGAUGAGCUGACCAAAGGGAAGGGGCAGAAGUUUGUGAUGGUCCAGGCCAGCUUCCCCAACAACAAGGACCUGGAGAAGCUGGUGCUGAUCAGCAUUCAGAGCGGGUACCUCUUCAUCCAGACAGACAAGACCAUCUACACUCCCGGCUCUACAGUUCUCUAUCGGAUCUUCACCGUGGACCACAGCCUGUUGCCAGUGAGCCGGUCUGUUGUCUACACUGUACAGACCCCGGAAGGAGUUCCCGUCGAUCAGGGCUCCAAGUCUCCCAGCGACUAUGGAGGGAUGUUGCCUUUGUCGUGGAACAUUCCAGAGCUGGUCAAUAUGGGGCAGUGGAAGAUCACCGCUCACUAUGAGGAUUCGCCGAAGAAGGUUUUCACUGCGGAGUUCGAGGUGAAGGAGUAUGUGUUGCCCAGUUUCGAGGUCAAAGUGGAGACCGCAGAGAAAUUCUACUAUGUCCAUGACCCUAAUGACCUGGAGGUCACCAUCAAGGCCAGGUUCCUGUACGGGAAGGAAGUGGACGGAACCGCCUUUGUCAUCUUCGGCGUGCAGGACGGCGACCAGAGGAUCUCACUGACCCAGUCCCUCUCCCGAGUUGUGAUUGAGAGUGGCGUCGGGGAGGCCAGGCUCUUCCGGAGGGACUUGCUGGAUGGGGUGCAACCCUCGGAUGCCAAUGCUCUGGUGGGAAAAUCCUUGUACGUGUCGGUCACCGUCAUCCUGCAGUCAGGCAGCGACAUGGUGGAGGCAGAGAGUGACCAGAUCCCCAUCGUGGACUCCCCUUAUAAGAUCCACUUCACCAAGACCCCCAAGUACUUCAAGCCUGCCAUGCCCUUUGACCUCAUGGUGUCUGUGACCAACCCCGACGGCUCCCCCGCGGUUCGCGUGCCCGUGGUGACCGAGGAAUUCAACAGGGUGUUGUCUUUCACCGGGGAGGACGGUGUGGCCAAGCUGAGCAUCAACACGCCCAAGACCCAGCAGCCCCUGACCAUCACCGUGCGCACGGAGAAGGAAGGAAUCCCCAGGGGGCAGCAGGCUGUGCGGACCAUGCACGCCGAGCCCUACAAGCCCCAAGGCAACUCCAACAACUACCUCCACCUCUCGGUGCCCCGAUCGGAGCUCCAGCCCGGGGAGAUGAUCAACGUGAACUUCCACGUGCGCAUGGACCCCGGCAUGGACGCCAGGAUAAAAUACUUCACCUACCUGAUCAUGAGCAAGGGAAAGCUGCUGGAAGUGGGCCGGCAAGAGCGACAGGCCGGCCAGGACCUGGUGGUGUUACAGCUGGCCAUCAAUGAGGACUUCAUUCCCUCCUUCCGCCUGGUGGCCUAUUACACCCUCAUCCGGGGCGACGGGAGGAGGGAGGUGGUGGCUGAUUCCGUGUGGGUGGACGUCAAGGACUCGUGCAUCGGCACGCUGGUGGUGACAAGUGGCAGGAAAGAGGACAAGCAGAAAGUCUACCGUCCUGGGCAACAGAUGACCCUCAAGAUAGAGGGAGACAUCGGGGCCCGCGUGGGUCUGGUGGCCGUGGACAAGGGCGUGUUCGUUCUAAAUAAGAAGAACAAGUUCACUCAAAGCAAGCUCUGGAACAUCGUGGAGAAGGCGGACAUCGGCUGCACCCCGGGCAGCGGCCAGGACUACGCGGGGGUCUUCGAGGACGCGGGGCUGUCCCUGAAGACCGACAAGGACCUGCAGACGAAGCACCGGACAGACCCCGAGUGCCCCCAAGUGGCCGCCCGCCAGCGGCGCUCCUCCGUGCAGCUCAUGGAGAAGAGGACGGACAAAGCCGGCCAGUACAAGGACAAGGAGCUGCGGCGCUGCUGCGAGCACGGCAUGCGGAGGAUCCCCAUGCCGCACACCUGCGAGCAGCGCGCCAGGUACAUCCUGCAGGGCCGCCCCUGCGUCGCCGCCUUCCUCGACUGCUGCGCCUACAUCGCCCGCCUGCGCCGGGAGCAGGCGCGCCAGCGGCCCCUCGGCCUGGCCCGCAGCGACCUCGACGAAGACAUAAUCCCGGAAGAGGAUAUCACUUCUCGAAGCCAGUUCCCGGAGAGUUGGCUGUGGGUCAUUGAGGAGUUGAAACCACCAGAGAAAAAUGGAAUCUCCACUAAGCUUAUGAACAUAUUUUUGAAAGAUUCCAUCACCACCUGGGAGAUACUGGCCGUGAGUCUGUCACAAACGAAAGGGAUCUGUGUGGCCGACCCCUUUGAGGUCACCGUGAUGCAGGACUUCUUCAUCGACCUACGGCUCCCCUACUCGGUGGUGCGCAACGAGCAGGUGGAAAUCCGAGCUGUUCUUUACAACUACCAGCCCUCGGACCCACUCAAGGUAAGAGUGGAGCUGCUCUACAAUCCAGCCUUCUGCAGUCUGGCCACCUCCAAGAAGCGCCACCAACAGGUCAUGGUCAUCCCGCCCGCAUCCUCGGUGGCCGUGCCUUUUGUCAUCGUGCCGCUGCAGGUUGGCCUCCAGGAGGUGGAGGUCAAAGCUGCUGUCUUCAACCGCUUCAUUGCUGACGGUGUCAGGAAGACCCUGAAGGUCGUGCCGGAAGGAAUCAUAGUCAACAAAACCGUGGCCGUGCAUACGCUGAAUCCGGAAGUCCUGGGCCAAAAUGGCGUGCAGAGAGAGGACAUCCACGCCUUAGAUCUCAGCGAUCAAGUCCCAGAUACAGAGCAAGAGACCAGGAUCCUUCUACAAGGGAACCCCGUGGCCCAGAUGACGGAGGAUGCUAUCGACGGGGACCGGCUGAAUCACCUCAUCAUCACCCCCUCGGGCUGCGGGGAGCAGAACAUGAUCACCAUGACGCCCACCGUCAUUGCCGUGUAUUAUCUGGACAGCACCGAGCAGUGGGCCAAGUACAGUCUGGAGAAGCGGGAGCAAAGCUUAGCACUCAUCAAGAAAGGCUACACCCAGCAGCUGAGCUACAGACAGAAAAACUCAGCGUUUUCUGCCUUCCAAGACCGACCUUCUAGCACCUGGCUGACUGCCUACGUGGUCAAGGUCUUCUCGCUGGCCGCCAACCUCAUCGCCGUGGACGCCGAGGUCCUGUGCGGGGCUGUCAAGUGGCUGAUCCUGGAGAAGCAGAAGCCAGAUGGGGUUUUCCAGGAGGAUGCGCCCGUGGCACACCAAGAAAUGAUUGGUGGCAUCAGGAAUCAAGAGGAGAAAGACAUGUCCCUCACCGCCUUUGUUCUCAUCGCUCUCGUGGAGGCAAGGGACAUUUGCCAGGGACAGGUCAAUAGUUUGGAACAGAGUAUAAAUAAGGCAGGGAAUUUUCUGGAAGCCAACUAUCUGAAGUUGAAGAGACCAUACACCACAGCGAUCUCUGGCUACGCCUUGUCUCUCCUGGGCAAAUUGGAGGAUCCGUAUCUCACUAAAUUUCUGAACACGGCCACAGACAAGAACCGCUGGGAGGAGCCUGGCCAGAAGCUCUACAACGUGGAGGCCACGUCCUAUGCGCUGCUGGCACUGUUGGAGCUUAAGGACUUCGACUCCGUGGGCCCCGUGGCUCGUUGGCUGAACGAGCAGAGAUACUACGGGGGCGGUUACGGCUCCACCCAGGCCACCUUCAUGGUGUUCCAAGCCUUAGCCAAGUACCAGCAGCAGGUGUCUGACUUCAAGGACCUGGACUUGGACGUGGCCAUCAUCCUGCCCAGCCGCAGUGCCCCAAUAAACCACCGCAUCGUCUGGGAAUCUGCCAGUUUCCUGCGCUCGGAGGAGACCAAGAAAAAUGAAGAUUUUACCGUCACCGCCAAGGGCAAAGGUGAAGGGACCUUGUCGGUGGUCACGAUGUACCACGCCAAGAUCCAGAACAAGGACGCCUGUAAGAAUUUCAACCUCAGGGUUGCCAUCGGACCAGCCCCUGCUGAUCUCAAGAAACCCCAGGAUGCUUUGAAAAGUAUGUCCCUCAACAUCUGCGCCCGGUACCUGGGACAAACGGAUGCAACCAUGUCUAUCUUGGACAUAUCCAUGAUGACCGGCUUCUCUCCAGAUGUUGAUGACCUGAACCAGCUGAGCACGGGCGUGGAUCGCUACAUCUCUAAGUACGAGCUGAACAAGGCGUUCUCCAGCAGAAACACACUCAUCAUCUACCUGGACUCGAUCUCCAACUCUCAGGAGGAGUGUCUGACCUUCCGAGUCCACCAGUACUUCAACGUGGGGCUCAUCCAGCCAGGGGCGGUCAAGGUUUACUCCUAUUACAACCUGGACGAAAGCUGCAUUCAGUUCUACCACCCGGACAAGGAAGAUGGCCUGCUGAACAAGCUCUGCCACAACGACAUUUGCCGCUGCGCUGAGGAGUCUUGCUUCAUGCACCACGAGGUGGGCCAGGUCACCCACGAGGACCGGCUGGACAAGGCCUGCCAGCCCGGCGUGGACUACGUGUACAAGGUCACGGUGCAGUCGGUGGAGAAAACGUCCGACUUCAUCGAUUACGUCAUGGUCAUUAAGCAGAUCAUCAAGUCCGGCUCUGAUGAGGUGCAGGAGGGACAACAGCGCAAGUUCAUCAGCCACGUCAAGUGCCAGGAUGCCCUGAGGCUGGAGAAGGGCAGCGACUACCUGGUCUGGGGCGUCUCCUCCGACCUGUGGGGCGGGAAGGCCAACAUCAAGUACAUCAUCGGGAAGGACACGUGGGUCGAGCUGUGGCCCAAGGAGGACGACUGCCAGGACGAGGCGAACGAGAAGCUCUGCGGGGACCUGGUCGCCUUCACCAACAGCCUGAUGGUCUUUGGCUGCCCCAACUGAGCACAAGCCCCCUCAAUAAACGCUUGCUUUCUACUUCA